AUGUAUUUAAAGUUUUCUCUUUUUCCCCACCAUCCUGUUGUGUGCUGCUUCCUGUUUCUGACUGUGUCUUCUCACAAGACUUUCAGGACCAAGCGAUUCCUGGCCAAGAAACAAAAGCAGAAUCAUCCCAUUCCCCAGUGGAUUCGGAUGAAAACUGGUAAUAAAAUCAGGUACAGCUUCCAGAGGAGGCAUUGGAGGAGAACCAAGCUGGGUCUCUAAGGUGUCCCACAUCAUGAGAUGACACACCUAAUUGGCAUCACAUAUUUAAUUAAGCUCCUUGAAGAU